UGGCAGUCUUGCAACACCAAUAGCAGACACCUCACCUGGUAAGUUUCCUUUUUUUCUUUCAUUCACAAGGAUGAAGACUGUCAACAUGGUGUUCGUGGGUCUUGCUCUUUUGGUGCUAUCCUCAGGCAUGUUGAUGCAGGCUUCAGCAGAACUCUGCAGUGACUCGAUAGUUUCGCCAAGUUGUGAUGGCAAUGGCGCCUCAUGUAAGGAGCUAUGCAAAAGGUUCAUUUACAUCGGCAAGGUCACUGCAACAUGCGUUCCCCAGGGGUGUAAGUGCACGGUCUGCAUACCACAUGAUUAAGCACGCGUUCGUUUUGGUGAAAUAAGGUCUUGUUUUAGUCAAGUUGUAAUCAGGGCCUCAGGGGCAGCCAGCCCUGAGUCACAACAUUACUUGUCACUGCAGGUUGUAUUGAUUUAUAAAUCAAUGUUGCUUUUUUGA